UCUGCUGACGUAUUGGUGACAGCGCUGUGUUCGUGUGGCGCCGGCGGGAAAUAAACAUGGAGGUGGAAAUGGAGGACGUGCAGCAGAGUAGCAAGGAGCCGCAGAACACUGGGUCGGGGAGUAAAGGCUCGGCUGGGACGUACGAGCUGCCCUGGGUUGAAAAAUACAGGCCAAUAAAGCUGAGUGAGAUUGUCGGCAAUGAAGAAACAGUUAGCCGCCUUGAGGUGUUUGCAAGAGAGGGAAAUGUUCCAAAUAUCAUCAUCGCUGGUCCUCCAGGAACUGGUAAAACAACAAGUAUUUUGUGUUUAGCCCGUGCACUUUUGGGUCCAGCACUUAAAGAUGCCGUUCUGGAGCUCAAUGCUUCAAAUGAUCGAGGGAUUGAUGUGGUGAGAAACAAAAUUAAAAUGUUUGCGCAGCAGAAGGUUACGCUUCCAAAAGGUCGCCACAAGAUUAUCAUACUGGAUGAAGCUGACAGCAUGACGGAUGGAGCACAGCAAGCUUUGAGAAGAACAAUGGAAAUCUACUCCAAGACAACACGCUUUGCUCUGGCUUGCAAUGCCUCUGAUAAAAUUAUAGAGCCUAUUCAGUCUCGCUGUGCUGUUCUCCGCUACACAAAAUUAACUGACGCUCAAGUUCUUGCUAGGUUGAUGACCGUGGUGGAAAAGGAGAAUGUUCAGUGUACAGAUGAUGGCCUUGAGGCCAUUGUAUUUACUGCACAAGGAGACAUGAGACAGGCCUUAAACAACGUGCAGUCCACACACACAGGAUUUGGAGUUGUAAACAGUACAAAUGUAUUUAAGGUUUGCGAUGAACCACAUCCAUUAAUGGUGAAAGAAAUGUUACAGCACUGCGUGAACGCCAACAUAGAUGAGGCAUACAAGAUUGUAGCUCAUCUAUGGAAACUUGGGUACUCCCCAGAAGAUAUUAUAGGCAAUAUCUUCAGAGUGUGUAAGACUUUCCAGAUGCCAGAGUAUCUGAAGCUGGAGUUUAUUAAGGAAAUUGGUUACACGCACAUGAAAGUUGCAGAGGGUGUGAAUUCUCUACUACAGAUGGCUGGACUUCUUGCACGGCUAUGUCAGAAGACUGCAAUGCCCACAAGCUCAUAGUUCUGUUUUUCAGUGCUGUUGUUAUAUAGCCAUUGAUUGAUACAUAUUGCAUUUUAUAUAUACUUUAUUUCUGUAUAGUGUACAUCUCCAUAAAUAUUUUCAUAUUUCAAAUGUUAUAUUUGGUAGGUAUGUUUUCUUUUAGAGAAUGUGUUUUUGAAAUGUCAUGGUAUUGUUCCAUUACCAUGGACCAGUAAAACUUCUUUUUUCCUUUUUUUCCUUUUUUCUUUUUUGAGACAAGUGUCACAAACCAGUGGGUGUUAACCCACUGCUACGUUUUCUACCUCCUCUAAGGGUGUUGUCUAAGUGAACCCCUCGAUCUUCACAGUACCCUUGAUGGUAGGGAUAGACUUUCCUAAAGGGGAACACCAGGUCACUACCUCCUUGAGGAGUAUAGGCACACGUGGCAGCUGGUCCAGGCGGUACCUGAGAAAGGUACCAGAGGUACAGGUGUUGAAAGCAGACUGUCGUUAACAGGAGCAACAGUGCAGGACCGAAGAAUGAGGCAGAGGCGAAGUCAAACAGGCAAUAUGUCAGGGCAGGCGGCACAGGGACAGGUCAGGCAAUCCGGGUAGGCAACAGGAGAGUCAAGGGAAGCAGGCAGGGAUCAAACAGGUAGCAGAGUCCAGGAACCUUUGCAGGACACAAGGACCUUGACACUGAGGCAUCUUGGAAGGGGGUUGAGCAACUUUUAUAUGUGCAGGAGGGCUAUUGAUUGGUUGGCGAGGUCACAUUAUCCAACCCAUAAAACACAUGAAGUGAUGCGCACCGUCCCUUAAGGAAAUGCUGCAGGAAACAAGUAGCAAGCAUGCUGUGGCCAGGGCUGAAAGGAAACACUGGCAGCAGAUCACCGCUGAACACUGCAUCAAAACGCAUUGCACCUGCACAGAAAAAAAAUGAACGCAAUCGCAGACAAAACUGACAGAACUUGAUUGGAAAGGGGUGCUUGUCUUCCCGAACGCAUCCAGACCUAAUCCGUCACGCUCGUGUGAAAGAGGCCUUAGAUGAGCGAAUUUCAUGUUAUGAAAUUCAUUCAUGCUUCGUUUGGUAAAAGCAUUCCGUCAUAGAAUUGCGUUAUUGUCCAUGGUAACAGAAUCCAUAACGCAAUUCUGCUUUUGACUGGCGGCUGGAGCGCUCAAUACACUGUUGAUCAUUCUUCUCACUUCUACCCCUGGCGGCAUUAGUGCCUGACGAAGGCCUAAAUAAGGCCAAAAACGUUUGCACAUAUAUGCACAUGUAUAUUGCCGUGAAA